CAAACCUGGAAUACGGAUCCAGGGGUUGUGAAGGUUUUUUUCCUUUCUUCUCUCCAGCUUUUUCUUUUUUUUUUCAUCCUCAUUUUUUAGAUAAAUUUACAUCAUAGGAGCUCUAGACAUAUUUUUAAUGUCUCUGUGUCAAAAACCAGAAAGUCAGAUCUGUGUAAAAACAUUUUUAUAACUUUAUACGCUGGAAUCACCUGGUUACCUGACUUUUUCUUGACAUUUUCCGAGGUUAUUCAUCCUCCACCCGGACAGCAUCCGCUUUGGACCCACUUCCCGUUCGCACGUUGUCGCAUUGAACAGAUCCUGUGAUCGGCCGUGUUUUAAUCAUCCAGCAGCCCCUGACAGUUCAUCCCAGCCGCCUCCACCCCGCCCUCACCGCCCCCACAACUACAAACCGCUCCAGGCGAGAUCUGUGUCACGUCCCCUGCCGCUUCUCACUGAGAUGUUCUCCUGCCUGACGGAGCGACUUUUUCCAGGAGACACGCACCGUCCGCUGCGGAGAUUCAGCCGAUAUUUAUAACACUUUAAAUAAAUCAUCUGACCGCAAAGUUUUGAAGGUUUAACGGGAGAGACUGAGUCCGAUGGCGCAGUGGACAAUACUUCUGUUUUGUUUGUACGGAGCUUUGCACGGACAUGAGAUUCAGCCUCCAUCUUUACAAGACUGCUGUCAAGAUGGGAGGGAUCGGGCCCUGGGAGGACAAGACUGUACAGUCCUCCCCCUCAUCUCGUCGUCCCACACCUGCAGGAUCGCUCAGGAGCAGUGCUGUGCAGCAGCAGUGCUAGAAAAUCUCUGCAACAAUGGCAUCAGUUUGGCCCGCACUCAAGGGGCCUGUGAGAGGCCCUUCUUCCAAGGAGACCCCUGGGAAACUCAAAUCUCAAAGAUGUGCUGUGACUGCUGUGUGCUCGGCCUGAUGGCAGCGAGCCGGGGUUUGGGCUGCGAGCUUCAGGGUCUGUUGCUGGGGAGACAGUGUGUGUACACAGCUCAAACCUGCUGCGGCAAAAACACAACAGAGGAAGUCAAACCAAAUCCUGAAGCAACAGCAGAGCCGAAGCCCAGCGCCAAUACCAAGCCUCCAGAGGACUUGGAUUCCUGUAAAGACUCCACUUGCUCCCAGCUGUGUGUAGGUAACGGUACAUGUGCCUGUCACGAUGGUUAUCAACUGAAAAAGGAUGGAGUGAAUUGUGAGGACGUUAACGAGUGUCUGACGGGCAGUCACAACUGCAUCCUCGGCCAAAUUUGCAUUAACACAGAGGGCUCCUUUCGCUGUCAGAGGGAAACCGGCUGUGGCACAGGAUAUGAACUCAGAGAAAACAACAGCUGCCAAGACAUUGAUGAGUGUGCUUUGGGGACCCAUAACUGUGGACCAGACUUUACCUGCACCAACACAGCGGGCUCGUUCCGCUGCCACCCAAAGGAGAGGUGUGCUGACGGCUUCAUCCAGGACGCUGCCGGCAGCUGCAUCGAUAUAAACGAGUGUGUGGCCCAUAGCAGUCCAUGCCUGCCUGGCCACACCUGCAUCAACACAGUGGGCUCCUACACCUGUCGCAGGAACACGGUCACCUGUGGACGAGGCUAUCAUCUCACUGAGGACGGCACGCGCUGUGAAGACGUAGAUGAGUGUCGAACAGGUAACGUGUGUGGUGACCACGGCUGUUUGAACCUUGUGGGGUCGUAUCGCUGUGAGUGCAGGGUUGGCUUCAUCUUCAACAGCAUCACCAAACUGUGCGAAGAUAUCAAUGAGUGCAGGCAUUAUCCUGGACGACUCUGCGCCCACAGGUGUGAGAACACAGAGGGGUCCUACCAGUGCAGCUGCACCACCGGCUUCAAACUGUCCCACGACGGCAGAAACUGUGAUGAUGUGAAUGAGUGUGAGGCCAACCCCUGCAGCCAGGAGUGUGCCAACGUCUACGGCUCCUACCAGUGCUACUGUCGCCGCGGUUACCAGCUGAGUGACCUCGAUGGGAUUACAUGUGAAGAUAUCGAUGAGUGUGCUCUCCCUGCUGGAGGUCAUGUGUGUUCCUACCGCUGCUCCAACAUCCCAGGGAGCUUCUACUGCAGCUGCCCACCCACUGGCUACACGCUGGCCCCCAACGGACGCACAUGUCAAGACAUUGAUGAAUGUAUAGCUGGGAGCCAUACCUGCUCUGUCUCCGAGAGCUGCUUCAACGUCCAGGGAGGAUUUCGCUGCCUGUCUUUCAAGUGUCCUCCAAACUUCCGGCAAACAGCACAGGGCCGUUGCGAGCGCGUAACUUGCGAGUUCACGCGGGACCCUGCGUCGUGUUUCUCGCUCCCGCUGAGAAUCUCCUUCUACAACAUCAGCUUGCCCACCAACGCCCCCGUCCCCGCCGACGUCUUCCGGAUGGGACCCUCCAAUUCUGUCCCUGGAGACGAGAUGCUGCUGAAGAUAGCAUCCGGAGAUGAGGAGGGAUACUUCGCGGUGCAGCAACAGGCCUACGGGGGAGUGAUCUCGCUGCGGCGCGCCUUGUCUGAACCCCGGGACUUCUUUCUGACCGUAGAGAUGAGGCUCAUUCGUUACGGGACAGCACAUCUGUACAUGGCCAAGAUCGCUGUGUUUGUCACACACGAGCAGCCCAGCCGAGCCUUCACACCACUGCCAUAUUCAUCUUUGUCAAACUUACAGGGACAAUUCUGAAUAAUUCCAGUCUGUCCCUGAUUCGUACUCACCACUCAUGAUUGGCUUUCAUUGUCAUCCAUCCUUUUCUUUAUGCUGGGCUCCACCCAUCCUCCAUUGUGUUUAAUAAGGGACAAAUCUAGUGCCACAUUGUCUCUCAUUAACUGCUGUUAUACUCUGGAUGGAAAGCCAGAGUUAGAUAUUUCUUAUGAGGAUAAAACGGAUUACUGAGAAAAAACAAACAAUUCAUACCAGGAAACAUCAUUUCCUGGAGUCAUAUUUCUACUUCCUGGAGCGACUGACCACUUAAAGCGUCCAUUAUCUAUACCCUUAUAGAUACUCCUAUCUUAUCCGGUCGCGGGGGUUGACACUGGGCGAGAGGCGGGGUACACCCUGGACAGAUCACCAAUAAAUACAGACAAACAGGAGGAGGACAUAAUGUAGCAGUAGGAAUAUUAAUAUGUUCUUUUACCACUAGAUGGGGCUCAUUAGCUGCUGAAGAUCUCUACAACACUGUCAGUUUAUUGUCCAUGUGCAUUAAGUGUUUACCUCAUGCCUCUGCAGCAGCUCCCCAUUAUUUGUACUUUCUAUGUAUUUGGAAUUAAAAAGUGACAGAUAAAAA